AUGCGAAGGGGACGCUUCCCUCUGCUCAUCGUGCUGGCCCAGGCCACAGGGUCGUUGGCGAAGACGGUGAGCUACGACUGGAAUGUGACUUGGGUCUUUGCGAGUCCGGAUGGGUUCAGUAGGCCAGUCAUUGGAAUCAAUGGCGAAUGGCCAUGUCCAAAGAUAGAAGCCAACAUUGGCGACUUCGUUAGCAUCAACUUGAACAACCAAUUAGGGAAUGAGACUACUGGUCUCCAUUUUCAUGGCAUCAACCAAAUAAGUACCAAUGCCAUGGACGGCGCUGUCGGUGUGAAUCAAUGUCCACUGCCUCCAGGUCAUUCCGUCAAAUACCGGUUCCUUGCCGAUGCGGCAGGGACCUUCUGGUAUCACUCACAUGAUAUGGGUCAAUAUCCCGAUGGCCUUCGCGGACCACUCAUUAUCCACGAUUCCGAGGAUCCUUAUAAAGACAACUAUGAUGAAGAAUUCGUCAUUACCCUUUCUGACUGGUAUCGAGAUCAAACACCAACACUCAUGACAACAAUGAUAAAUCCCAAUAAUACCGACUUCGCUCCUCCACUUCCGAAUGCUACUCUCGUCAACGACGGCGGCAAUAGCCACAUAUCAGUUAAGGCAGGGAGAACUUACCGUAUCCGCUUUAUCAAUUGGUCUGCGAUGUUCUCAACCUUUGUUUAUUUCCCCGAUUUCGACAUGGAUGUCAUUAUGAUUGAUGCAUCAUAUGUGAAGAGACAAGCCGCGAAACAAUUGCGCAUUUCUGCGGCUCAAAGAUUCGACGUCUUGGUAACGGUUCCUGAUGAUGCCGAUAAGAAUUACCCAUAUCUUGUCGUUUUGGACGUCAAUCAAGAUUUCGCUGCGGCAGAGCCCGUGAGACCUAUUCUAUAUCCGUUUAACGUUACAGGUUAUUUAGUCACGAACGACGACAAGGAUAAAAACGAAACGAUCGUCGUCGAUAAAUUCGAACCCUUCGACGACACAACUUUCGCGCCACACGACGAUGAAGGCGUAUAUGGCCCAGUGGAUAAGCAAUGGGUGUUGAAUUUCGACUACUGCUUCGAUGUUAACGGGUAUCCUAGAGCAUGUUUCAACGAUACAACUUACAUAGCACAGAAAGUCCCCGCUCUAUAUUCCGCCGCCUCACUAGGCGAUAAUAAUACAGAGACAGAAGCAUAUGGCCAGAUCGGCGCUUUCACCGUCGAUUACGGUGAAAUCCUAGAGAUCGUCAUCAACAACCAAAACGAUGCAAUCCACCCAUUCCAUCUGCACGGACAUCAAUUCCAAGUCCUCGCACGUCCGGACAGCGACGCGGGGAACUGGAGUGCUGAUGCACGUAUCAAUGAUAUACCGCCUAGACGGGAUGUAGUUGCCAUCAACCCCAAAUCGUACGCGGUAUUCCGCAUCAAGGCCGACAACCCAGGGGUAUUCCUGUUACAUUGCCACGUGGAAUGGCACGUUGAGAUGGGAUUAAGCGCCACGCUCCUCGAGGCGCCGGAUAGGCUUCGCAAUUACUCAAUCCCGCAGGAUCACCUCGAUGCGUGUGAAGCUAUGGGAAUACCUACUACCGGUAAUGCGGCGGGCAAUGAAGAGUGGGAUAAUACCGAGGGCUUCGUUACGGUGCCCCCCACCGACUAUACCGGCUCUUUGUAUUCUGAAACGACUUGAGAGGCGGAUUGGAGGUGGCGGAUUGCGCCUGAAGCCUCUCUUCGGCGUUGGCGUUUGGUCAUUUCAGGUGUUUCCAUAUUCUCAAGAUGAUCCUUACUACUUGAGGCUUCAUACUCGGUGUAAUACCUACAUAUGAGAGCGGCGAAAGAGUUGUGGCAUGUCGGCGAGUAUGUACGUUGACUACUGUGGUUUAGCAGCAUCUGUGUUGGCUGUAGCCCUAUGCCUGGUCAAUUUGGACAUUUCUUUUUUGAAACAUACGCGUAUAGUAUCUAGUGAGGCGAACGAUAGCCUGCCAGGACUAAAGAUGCAGUUU